UCUCUUCUCAUAUUGAUCUGCCUUACUUGGAUCUUAUGAGAAGAUAGAGCCGUGACAAACAUUUUGAGUAUCGAUUCACACCAAAGUUGACAGCAGAAUUCCAGAUUACACUCAAAAUCUUGAUUUUAGAUGUUGACACAGGCAUAGUUUAGACAGUUCUCAAUUCCUGCUAGUACGAUUUGGUCGAAGAAAACCUUUCUUUCUCAUAUUCUGGAUUCCUAGUUCAGAAAAUCAACCCUGAACUUCAACCAGAAAAUCACCGAAAGAGUGAGUGGUCAUUCAUUGAACUUUGCAUUAGCACAGAAGAACACCGGAUACAUUAGAAAAGAUCCGACAAGAUGAAGCUGAGUAUACUUUUGUUCAGCUCGAUAGCAUUACUUUUCUCAGUUGCGCAGGCGUCCAAGUUUUGGGACGACUUCUAUGUGAAUUUUGGACAUUGGAACGUAAACUAUCCUGGCAGAGACGUGGGCAACAUCGUGCAGUUGCAGCUCGAUGACACAUCUGGAUCUGGAUUCCGAUCAAACUUUCCUUACCUUUAUGGCCAAUUCUCCAUGAGGGUUAAGCUGGCUGGUGGUCACUCAGCCGGUACUGUGACUUCCUUUUAUAUGGCUUCGGUAUACGAGCAAUGGUAUGAGUUGGACUUCGAAUUUUUGGGCAACGUUACAGGGGAGCCAUACAUUCUUCAGACCAAUGUCUUCGUCGAGGGAGACGGCUAUCGAGAACAGGGUAUCUAUCUCUGGUUCGAUCCCACGGCUGACUAUCAUGACUACGGCUUCGUCUGGAACCACGAGCUCAUUCUCUUCACGGUGGACAGCCGCGUGAUCCGAGUUUUCCACAAUGCCAAGGACCUCGGAAUUCCAUACUUCGAGUAUCAGCCAAUGUACAUUUACUCCAGCAUCUGGAAUGGAGAGGAGUGGGCCACUUGCGGGGGUACCGUGAAGCCAGACUGGACCCAGCAACCUUUCGUUGCAUCAUAUACAGCUUUCAAUGUCUCGAACGCUUGUUCAGUGCAAAGCCUCUCGGGAGAACAAGCCAUGAACUCGUGCUACGAGAAGUUGCAUCAAAGUUCCUACGGUCAGGACCCAAACCUUGCCCUUUCCCAGAAGCAAAUCGAUGACCUUCGAUGGAUUAGGAAAAAUUAUCUAAUCUACGACUACUGCAAAACAACGGUGCACGAGAAGAUUGAAGGUGUGAAGAGCGAGUUCAAGCUCGCUCCCGAGUGUUCGAGAAACUGGCCUUGAAAUUUUGGCGACAUCCUUUUUAACCAUCCAUAAAAGAUGGAAGCAGGAAAAAUUAUUUGAAACCACCCAAGUAGCUUCUUUAGUGUGAUUAUUUGGUCUCUCCCCUGUAGAUUUUUUCCAAUUGAUCAACGCUGUACCUAUUUUUGUCCGACAAGACAAUAAAACGUGG